UAUUUGCGUCCUGCAGGACCAGAUGGAGAAGGACCUGAUUCUAAAGCUGCUGCUCAAUCUACACCACCACCUGGCCUACAUAGCUGGCCAGCAUGACUGUGGAGACCAGCAGCAUCCAAACAGGAGUCUGUCCAUGGACGAAGCCUCUGCGUACUUAUUGGCUCAGAAUCCGGAGUUUAAAAACUUCAUUCUUACUUCCCUGGAGUGGAUCAUCCGGACAGGACAGGAUGUUGGGAUACGGCUGACCGGGCAGGUAGCUGAUGAUCCAGUGACUGAUGUUUCUGAGAUAUCUCAUCUUGAAUCCACACAUCCAAAGAUGCCCUUCACAUGCCGCUUCCGCCGAGCCUUCCUCACCGUCAUCAGCAGAGUCUUCCUCAUCGCAGUUGGUGAGACCACAUAAACAAGAACAAGCCUG